CUCCAGCCAAAACCCGUCGCAACCGCCUUCAUGUACCACUCCCGUCGCACCGCCGGCAGCAGCCCCGACCACCCUCGGCCACCGCCAGCAGCAGCCCCCGACCACCCUCGGUUAGUGAUGGCAAUUUCAAACCGUCCCGCGGGUAUUACCCGACCUGACCCACGAUGGGGCGGGUAUUACCCGGCCCGCAGUAGCGUAGGGCGGGGCAUGGGUAUCUACUUUCGACCCGCCCUGCCCCGCCCCGCCCCGUUCUAGACUCAUUUUAUCUCAAUUUCUUACAAUAUCUAUACAUAUUUCUCCUAUUUUGACUUUUCUUCAACUAGUUAGAGUCGAUCUUUCGACUUGUUAGGCUCAAUUAUCCAUUCUAUUAUCAAUAUUUUUCAUUCUUAAAGUGUUUUUCCCUACAUUUUAUUGUAAAAAGUAAAAUUUACUUAUAUUUUUUUUUUUGAACAACAUGUAAGAGUGGGUCGACCCGCCCCGCCCCGUACCCCGCGCGGGUUUUACCCGCCCCGACCCAUAGUAGCGUGGGGCGGGGCAUGGGAAUUGAGGUACCCGCCCCGCCCCAUUGCCAUCACUACCCUCGGUACUCUCUCUCUCUAUAGGAAGACCUCUAAUGUGAUAGCUUCCGUCAAUAACGCAUUCUCCGGAGGAGAGAUUGUAUUUGAUGAAUACAUUUAUUGUAAAUACAAAUAUUGGAAGAAUUAGAUAAUUGAAAGAAUGUAUUGUUUGGUUGUAGUCAUUCAAAAAAAAAAAAAAAAAAAAAUAACUUUAUGAGCUAAAAGUGGAGCAGAUUAAAACUCACAAUCUCAAAGGAAGAAUCUGACCUUUUUGUUGAGAUUUAAAAUGAGUGAUUGUGAGUAAUAUGAGAUUUGAAGGCCCACCUCAAAUGCAUGUAUUGAAUAAAGUUUUGAAACAAAAAAAAAACGAUGGAUUUUCCAGAAUACAUGAAAUAAAAAAAUCAUUCAUACAGAAUCAUAACUUCUAAACAGCCCCGUAAUUGUUUUUAGUGGCAAGGAGGUCCACAAAUAUGGUAUGAUCUAUGAUCUAUGCUCCAACAUUUCAAUCUACGUAAUUGUUUUUAGUGGCAAGGAGGUCCACAAAUAUGGUAUGAUCUAUGAUCUAUGCUCCAACAUUUCAAUCUAGGCCGGUAAUCGUAUAUAUAGUCCAAUCUGGACUAGAGCACACCGUUUCCCUAACCUCACAACCUAAACAUUCCACCCCAAACAUUCAACGUACAGUGAUUGACCCAAUUAAUUAUUUUAUCAAAUUUUCCACAGUAAUGGGCUUACAGGGUCACAAACCAUUUUUAAUAUACAUAGUGACCUAGCUAAUUAAUCAUUGCUUAUCAGUUUGUCAGCGAAUUCAGAAAUUUGGGAGCAGGAGGAGGAUGGUGACUUAUUGGCCAUGGCCCAGAUGGCCCAGAUCGCAGUUUGACCAGCCCAAUUCUCGUUCAUGGACGUUUACACGACCGAGCCCUUCAUCAGGCAAGUGGUUUGGGCUCUGGGCCAAGCUUCAAAGUUCGCGAACUUUCUUCAUUCAUCACUCUUUUUUUUCUUCUUCUUGCCAAACAAUGGCAAAGCUACACAGAUCGAAAACUUCGAGUCUUCACUUGCCCAAGCCAAAACACAGCUUGGAAAUCCGCUUUACAGGCGACCUCGGGGACUACCGGAGUAGCAGCGCCUAUAUCUCUGCUUUUCUCUAGCCGGUAAGCCAACUCGAGCUGCCCAUAUUUUCCCAAGAAGGUCGAGAAAUCAUCUGAAAAGUCUCAGUGAGUGAAUCUGGGAUGUGGGUCGGCUGAAAAUUUUGAAACUUUUCUUUGACUGCAGGAAUCUUGUCGUCGUCAUUCUCUCUCAAUGGAAGGGAUUGAGCAGUGGAAGAGCGAGGUGGAGCAAUUUAUUCAGCAAGGGAUCGAGUACAUCCGUCAGGUGCCGGCAAUUCAGCAAGGGAUUGAAUACGCCUCUCAGAUACCGGCAAUUCAGAAAGGGAUUGAAUGCGGCCGUCAGAUACCCCCAGUGCAGCUAUACUCCGCUGCUGCCGUCCUGGUUUUCACUGCCCUUUUCUUCAUUCUCGUCAGCUUGUUUAGACGGCCGAAAUCUAAUACCGUGGUCUUGACCGGACUCAGUGGGAGCGGUAAAACGAUUCUUUUCUAUCAGCUUCGGGAUGGCUCUUCACACCAGGGUACUGUCACCUCAAUGGAACCCAAUGAAGGAACUUGCAUUCUCCAUUCUGAAGCUAGCAAGGAGCGCAAGGUGAAGCCUGUCCACAUUGUUGAUGUUCCUGGCCAUCCUCGUCUUCGGCCAAAGCUAGAUGAGUUCUUGCCUGAAGCAGCAGGAAUUGUCUUUGUCGUUGAUGCCCUGGAGUUCUUACCUAACCUUCGUGGAGUUUCAGAGUAUUUGUAUGAUAUUCUGACCAAAGCAAGUGUGGUGAAAAAGAAGGUUCCUGUUCUGAUUUGCUGUAACAAGACAGAGAAGGUUACAGCGCAUACCAAGGAUUUCAUCUGUAAACAGCUUGAAAAAGAGAUUGACAAGCUACGGACAUCAAGGAGUGCAGUAUCAGAUGCUGAUGUUGCCAAUGACCACACACUUGGUAUACCCGGGAAAGCAUUUUCAUUCUCACAAUGCACUAACAAAGUCUCUAUUGGAGAAGCUUCUGGUUUGACUAGUAAGAUAGCAGAUGUGGAACAGUUUAUCAGGGACAAUGUAAAGCCAUAAUAGGUGCUGCUGUUUCCUUUUUGAAGAACACUAUUGAGAGGCGGUGAGGAUGUGCACCUGUACCCUGAGCUAGCUAACCCCAGCUUAUGCCUAUAUGGGGGAUAGACCAGGGAGAGAAAGAGAAAGAACAGCGGAAGGCUCUAGACUGACAUUCAUUGUUAUCAGCCAUUCAAUUCAAGAUUUGUGUAAUUAACUGCGUUCGACCUUAUCAUCGAGUCAAAUGAACUGUGUAACCAGCUGUUUUUAUUGGUUUUGGUUGGAUGCAAUCUGCCAUGGAGGUUAGAGUGGCUUGGCCUCAAGUGGAUUGAAAGCAUGUUGUACAGAUACAAGAAGAACACUAUAAUAGGGGCCAAGAAGGAAGAACGCUAUAUUACAUGAACUUGAGAGCCAAGUUACCAAAACCCUUUGCUUCAUAACAUUGGCUGAUACAAUUAAUCAAAGGAUCCGCCACCC